GAAAUGAAGAGACAGCGGAGUAUCAUCUAUCCGAGUGGCGCAGUGGGCGCUGAUCUUAACGAGCGGGGGCAGGGGGGCAGUUGCUGUGCAAGUGUUACAAGCAGUGGCUCUUCUUGUGCGCGUCUGAAUUGACUGAGGGGCAGAGCACGGUUGCGCCAAAAACGCGGACGCAGGAGGUUUCCGAGAGGUUGAUCUCUAGCGGCUACUUAGUCUGACUUCCCUUUCGCGGCAAGCCCGACUGUCUUCAUAGCUCCCAGAACAGGGGUUGGGGAAGCGGUGCUUGUGGCUUGCGUAUUCUCGUUUACCUUGCUUGAGUGUGUAUAUUGGAUCCGCUUUUGUGCUUAUAAACAACUUUGGAUUCUUAUGAUUUUCUGCAGAGCUUUGAUCUUUUUCUUUUUUUCUUUUUCUUCUCGGUUUGUUUUUUUUUUUUUUGCUUUGCUCCCUCCCUGAUGGAUUUUACUAUGCCUCCGUCAACGAGCCCUGGCUGGCAAAGUUGCUGUGUCCCAGCGGAGACUCUUAGGCGAGAUGGAGGAGUUCAGAUCCGCAGCCUGCCAGAAGAACGUCGCCCAGGAGGGGUUGCUAGCCUCGAGCUAUAGGCGCUGGCGUUCAGGACCUCGGGGAACGACUGUGUGCUGCCGUGAAGAACUACAGGCUACCGCUGCUCUCGGACCUUUGUAAGUUAUCACGCGUCGAGAGCUUCCAGGAGAAUUCAAAUGCCAGCAGAAAGGUUCUCCGCCCGGUCCCGACGAGGAGGCUUCGGCCACAGGAAGGUCGGCAGCGUCCUUACCGGACUCGCGGAUGGGUCAGCUGUGACCGCACCCGUCUUUGCCUUGCUUCGCUGCCUAGCAGCAACUUGGGACGCCUGAGUAAAAACUGCCGCAGCGCUUAAGGGAGGCUCUGCAUUUGCCCAGGAUGCUGUUCUGAGGGCCAGCAACUCGAAGGAAUGCAGCUCGGCCCUUUUUGUUGACUUUGGUGAUGCUGUUUUGAGGAAGCAUGUAAGUACAGAAGGGGUCUGGGAGGGUUUUCAAACAAGACGGGAAAGAGCAAGGAAGAUUUGAGAGCGUGGAAAAACUAGGUGCCGCGGGUACUGAAGUUGUUACGGGCUGAGGGCGUUUGGCGUUGAGCAUCUGAGAGGGGCUAAUGCACGAGGAAUGGUAAAAUGCUGUGACUGAACGCGAGGUUCCUCCCCGGCCUGGGCCCGUGUGUGCACCCUCGCUCCCACAGACACCCCGGAGCCGUAGGGAAACGGGUGAGCAGGCCCACGAGCGGACUUUGGGCACAGCGGUGCGCAGAGAGCGCUGCGGGCUCAGCCGGUGGGGUGGAGUCGGAGCAUGGCGAGCCAGGCUGUCAGGAUCCAUCCGGUUCCGCUCCCUGCCCCUCUGUCCAGCGCUCCAUCCUUCUCUUUCUUUCCCCGUGGCUCUGUCCAGUGCCCCAUCCCUUUGUUUAGCUACUCGUUCCUCUGCCCAGCUCCCCCAUCCCUCUUGUACUCUUUCCAUCUCUGUGACAAUAUCUGCGUCCAUCUAACUGGCUCUCUAUCGCUCUAUCCAGCUCUUCAUCGUCCUCUUCCUCUUCCUAUCCCAGUACCUGCCCGCUGUCCUUCCGUGCGGCUCCCCAUCCGUCUGCCGCUCUCGUCUGCCUUUCUGCCUGUACUUCUCUUUGCCUUCCCAGCCCUCUGUCCACCCCUCCAGCCAUCUCUCUCUAUUUCCAUCCCUCUGCUCAGCUCCUCAUCCAUCUAUUUGCCUCCCUAUCCCUCUUUUCCCCUGUUUUGUCCCAUCUCUCUGUCUGAAUUGCCCUCCCUCUUUUUCUCUCUCCACCUUUCUGGCCAGCUCUUCGUCGUUCUCGUCCUCUUCCCAUCGCUCCUACUGGCUCCCUGUCCCUCUCUUCCCGUCCCCGUUCCUCUCUCCGGUUCUCCCCCCUUCUCUGUUGCUCCCUCGCCGUUCCUCUGGCCGCCUCGCCUUCCCCAUUUUUCUCUCUUCUGCUCCCCGGUCCUCUGUGCAGCCCUCCCUCCAUCUGUGUGGCCCUCUGUCCCUCUCUUUCUCUUCCUUUGUCCAGUGCCCAGACCCUGGGGCCGGCUCUCUGUCCCUCUCUUUCUUUCUCCCUCCAUCCAUCUGCCAAGCUCUCUGCCCCUCUUUUCUUUUGUUCUCCCCCCUGUCCCCGCGUCCAGGUGGAGGUCUGUCGUUCCUUUGCGUUUUGUCUGGUGCGGCGGGUGGCGAGAGGUGGUCGGCGCUCGGCAGAGAUGGUGAUCGGCAGCGCCCGGAGGGUGUUGUCGGUCGGUCUGGUU